AGGCACUCUCACGCAUGCGCGAUGCAGUUUGUGGUGCGCAGAAAUGACGGCAGAGUGAGAGCUCGCUGCACCGUCCUCCUCUCCGGUCAGCUAUCUGCAUGGCGACGAUAAUCCGGUGCGUUGCGAAGACAUCCUACGUUUCCAGCAGCUCUGUGGGGAGUCCACUCCGCCCAGUUUCUGAUUUACUUACUGCUGCUCGUUGGUUCCAGUCUGUGAGAGGAAGAGCACCAGCCGGCAAAUACUGCAGUUUAUCUUUUGUACACUCAGCUGCAGGAUCCACGAUGAGUAAGAAGCUGCUGGUGGAUGUAGACUGUGGGGUGGACGAUGCUCAGGCCAUCAUGUUGGCUCUGGCCGCCCCCAACGUGGAGGUCCUGGGCAUCACCUGCGUGCAUGGAAACACCACAGUGGAGAAUGUGUGUAAGAACACACUGCGGGUUCUGCAAGCCUGCAAUAAACUCGAGAUUCCAGUGUUUAAAGGUGCAGCUAAGUCUAUCCUCGGGAACAGCAUUAGAGCGGGACACUUCCAUGGGCAGGACGGGCUGGGAGACGCUCCUGACCCCAACGCUCCUGGUCUGGACCUGGUUCAGAAGGAGGGCGCUGUGUCAGCUAUGAUCAGGAUUAUCAAUGAGAACCCAGGAGAGGUAUCUCUGGUUGCCACGGCACCCCUUACCAACCUGGCUCUGGCUGUGAGGAUGGAUCCAUCUCUACCGAGCAAACUGCGGGCGCUUUACAUCAUGGGAGGCAACACUGAAUCUCGAGGAAACACCACAACGUGCAGUGAGUUCAAUUUUGCUGCUGAUCCAGAAGCUGCGUACAUUGUACUGAACGACUACCAGUGUCCCACCUACUUGGCCUGCUGGGAGUUUACCUGCUACAGCAAGCUGUCCUGGGAGUUUUGUGACGCCUGGUUGGCACAGGACACAGAUAAAGCUCGCUUCAUGGCACGGAUCUUCCAGCACAGCAUCAAGGCGUCACACAGCGAGCGCCUCCAGAAAGAGUUGGUCGCCGGAACAGGUUUUGUUUCCUGUGACUCGUACGCCAUGGCGGCCGCCGUAGACGAUUCAUUCAUCACUCAAAGCGACAGUUACCCAGUGAGCGUAGAGCUGACGGGCACACACACCAGAGGCAUGAUGAUAGUGGAUACUGUGGGCUUCCUAAAGAAGACUCAUGAGGCUUUUAUCAUGAAGAAGGUAGAUAUGGAGAAGUUCAAGCAGAUGAUGAUGGCUGCUUUAAAAUAGCCUCUCUAAUCAUUCUAAUUAGUGUGCAAUUAGUAGCAUUAAUAACCAUGUCACGGUUUCCAUCGACAUACUUUGUCUCAGUAUGAUGGUUUUCUGUUGUUACACACAACAGACUGUAUAUAACAAGACCAUUGCGAAACUAACGGUAAACUGUAACUUUGCACUGUCUAUAGCAGGAAAUUUAUAUUAAUUCAUAUCAUUUUAUACAAUGUAAUGGAAAACUUACUACUUUAUGUGUACCUCAAUUGUAUGAUUCCACCAUUAUAAAAACUGUUUUUUUAAUGUUACACUAGAAACCUUAUGUUUCAGUCAGGUGUGUUUUUUUAUGAUAGCACCUCAUUAAAAUUUUAAUAGAAACUCUUUAA